AUCGAAGAAAGUGAAGGAGGAGAAAUGGCGUCGAAUGCAGCGGCACCCUUUUGGAGAGCGGCGGGGAUGACUUACAUAACAUACUCGAAUCUGUGUGCCAACCUGGUCAGGAACUGCCUUAAGGAACCCUACAAGACCGAAGCCUUGACUCGGGAAAAGGUCCACUACUCCAUCUCCAAAUGGGUCGAUGGCAAGCCUCAGAAACCCAGUAAGCAAUCCGCUUCCUCUCUUUUUUGUUUUUGUGAUAUAAAGUUAAGAUAUUUUGGUCUCCUUAACACUGAUUUGAUUGCUUUCACACUUUUCGUUUCGUUUUCGUUUCAAAUUCGCUUAUUAGGGAUGGACGUGUAUUUAGUUUAGGGUCUUCUAUAUGAA